GGCUCGGCGGGGCCGCCUCGGCGCCGCCCAGUGAGGCUGCGGCGGCUGCGGCGGCGGGAGGAGAAGGGAGCGAGGGGGAGCGGGGGCGCCCCGGCCCGGGCAGGAUGAACAACCCUAUACCUUCCAACCUGAAGUCAGAAGCUAAAAAGGCUGCUAAAAUACUACGAGAAUUUACAGAAAUAACUUCCAGAAAUGGACCAGAUAAAAUCAUACCACCUCAUGUAAUAGCUAAAGCCAAAGGCCUUGCAGUUUUGUCUGUUAUCAAAGCUGGAUUUUUGGUGACUGCUCGAGGGGGAAGUGGAAUUGUAUUAGCUCGUCUUCCUAAUGGAACCUGGUCUGCUCCCUCUGCAAUAGGAAUUGCUGGUCUUGGUGGUGGAUUUGAAAUUGGAAUUGAGGUCUCAGACUUAGUGAUAAUACUGAAUCAUGAAAGAGCAGUAGAAGCUUUUGCCAAAGGAGGAAAUCUUACACUUGGAGGAAAUCUUACUGUGGCAAUUGGACCUCUGGGAAGAAACUUAGAAGGAGAUGUUGCCCUGAGAAGCUCUGCUGCUGUCUAUACAUACUGCAAAUCUCGAGGGCUGUUCGCAGGUGUAUCUCUGGAAGGAACCUGUUUGAUUGAAAGGAAAGAAACAAAUCGCAAGUUUUAUGGGCAGGACAUUCGUGCUAGUGCUAUCCUGCUUGGUGAUGUGCCUUUCCCUGCUCAAGCAGAUGAUCUUUAUGAAACUCUAGCAUCCUUCACUGAAGUGUAUGAAAAUGAAGAGCAAAAAAAUAAUCCAGGAAAAUCUGUAAGGGAACAAAGAAGGGUAAGUGACCGGCCUGCUAGACCGUCAACCAGACCAGAGCCACCUAAACCCACUGUUAGACCUACACCACCAGCUAAAAAGAAUACAAACAAACUUUAUCCUGAACUUCCCAAUGAUUAUGCAUCUGCAGGUUACUGGAAAAAGGAAAGCAUUGUACACCUCUUUCAACAGUGUGGAAAGGAGGGCCCCAGGAGCUACACACCUGUCAAACUUCACCUCUGUGCCUGGGAAAGUCAUGGAACAGAUCCUCCUACAAGCUAUACUAAAGUACAGGGAGUCAGGAGGGUGAUUUGAGACAGCCAGCACAGCUUCACCAGAGGCAAGUCCUGCCUGACCAACCCAAUCAACUUCCAUGAUGGAGUGACUGUGAUGGACUGGACAAGGGAAGAGCUACAGAUGCCUUUUUAUCUGGAUUUCAGGUCCCUUCCAAGCUAAGCCAUUCUUUGAUUUUGAAAUUGCCUUAAAUCUGUAGCUACUGGAACAAAACAGCCUUCAGGUGUUCUAGGUAUAGAACAAUUCUUUGCCCAUAAGUGAAUGUAGAAUAGAGUAACGCAACUUAUGCCUCCUCUCUCUCCUCAGACCAGGUUUGUUUAACUGAGCACAAAUAGGCAUUUGUGGGGCAUUUAAAGAGUAGUUUUACACCAAUGACAGUGAAGCUCACUUAAUGCAAAAAGUCCACCCUCAUUUUCUUAGUCAUGAAGAACUGAUUAUUUGCAGCUUUCAAUAUUGAAUUUAAAUACUUGAGUGUCUUAAGAAGCUUUUAUUUACAAAGUGGAGAAAGGUGAUUUUGUUUACUUGCCCAAAACAAGCCAUAAUUAUUGGCAAAGAGACAUCUAAGCAAGAUGUUAUUUAUUCUGAGUGUGAUUUGCUAAAUAUCAUGUCUCCUGACUUUUGAUCAGAUGAGCAUUAUUGGAGAUUAUUUGGAUCAAUGGUGGCACAUGACAUACUUAAGUAUCUGUACAGAAUAUAUCUGAUUAUAGCAGAUUAGUACCUGUAGAUGUAAAAUGUCAAAUCUACUGUGCAUAUUUAGGCCUUCCCAAACAUCUGUUCAGUGAGAUCUGAGGUUGUUGUUUUGUAUAUGCAGAAGGUUUUUUGAGGUGAGUCUACAUUUAAAAAAACAAAAUUAAAAAGGCCAUUAAGGAAAUUAGUAGUUUAAUGUGAAUAGGACAUUUGAGAUUUCACUUUUAAGGCUUGGUUAAACAAACAUUUGAUUUGUUAUUUGUCCGGAAACAACUAAAAUUAAAUUUGUAAGUAAGUAUACAUCUAUUCUGCUCUAGAAGCUGAAAUAAACCCUUUUUAUUCUUAAGCUAAAAGCUGAGGAGUGAGAGCUAAGAAUAUGGAAAAUGAGCACAUUGGGUAGAGAAAAGAGCUCAUCUUGAAUCACUGAUGUGAUUCAAGAACUGAAAUUAUUUUCAUUACUUUUAGUAUUUAGGAUACAGUUAGGCUACUAUUUUUCUUUCUAAAUGGGAGCUGCUUCAAGACUUUUUGUAAGUAGCCAUUAGAAUGCAUAAUAUUUUGUUGCCAUAUAGGAGAUGAAAAGUUAAUUUCUGCAGGGUCACAGUGUAUAAUACACUACAAUAUGGUUCUGCUUUUGUCCAUUUUCCCCAGUCUUCUCUGGCUGAUGUUUUGUCUUGUCGUGAUAGAAGAAAGCCAUAAAAUAUUUUAAUUUACUGACCUCUUAUUCUCUUUGUAGUAAUUCAUAUGGCACUUUCUUUCAUCCUUUCUCUGACUUUCCUGACUUCAUUUCCUUCAUAAGAUUUUAAACAGAUUAUUUGCCACUUCCCAAGAUGCUGCUCUUUUAGGCCUAUUCAGACCUUUAGACAUAGUAAAUCGUAAAGUCUGAGAAUGGACAUUGCCCAACAAGGGCCCAAUAAGUGAAUCUCAACAUUGUAAUGUGUUUUAUUUCUGCUUAUCAUGACAUUGUAACUUAGAUAGUGCAGUAACUACUUAACUUAUGUGCAUCCUAGCCGUGGACGUGAAUUCAACAUCACCUUUGUGGCUCUGAGCUGCAACUUUGAGCCAAACCUGACGUUACCUAAAUUUGUUAGAAACCACUUACAAAUGGUAAAGUCUUGAAAUUCGGACAUCAUCAGAACAUGGACUAUUAUUUGCAUUAAAAUUCUUCAACCAUUAAAUAUUAAAAGUGUACGUAUUCAGUGAACUAUACUUAAUGACAUCUUGAUCUCCAAGAUGCCAAAUUUUGAAAAGUCAUAUAGCAUGAGAUACUACCUCUGUCAUGGUCUCAUCAUUGUAUGUGGUCAUAAAGGGGACAUUUUGAGGUAGUGUUGUUUAAAUAUUUCAUUACUUUGGAAUUUUUCUUUCUUUGUUUACAUUCCAGGAAGUAAAUUACUCAGUCCUUUUUCAUAAAAGUAUUAUGUAAUUUAUGAAAGAGGUUUUUAAAUUUAAGAAGAUAUUCAAAAUGGUAGUCACACCCAUUGCAAACUAUGUAUUUUCUAUUUAAAUGACAGAAUACUAUUUUCAGUUGCAGUUUUGAUCAUUUUGAUUGCUUUCUAAAGUCAUGAGUGGAAAAAUGAGUUGUAAAAAUGCAUUAAUUUUUUAUAUGUGCAUGUAGUAAUAAAUGUACAAUCCUGUACUUUUUAACCUUUAUUUCUUUACAUAUGAGAGUAUCUUUUUCAGUGUUUUCAGAGCAAUUUUGUGAAAAUCUGACUGUUAUAACAUUAAUGAAAUUGUUUUAAUUGCUUUGUUUCUAAGGAAACAACUUUAGUUGCAUACAUGUAUUCUUUCAGAUACUGACACAACUUUGCUUUCAGAUUAUCAGCAGAUGUAGAUUGGUUUUAGAAUAUCUGCAAUCUUCAAUUUUUUCUUUGUUAUAGCUCAGAGUGCAACUUAUCAGAUUUAUUAUGACCAAGACUACUAUAAUUCACAUAUUUUGAAUUUAAAACUAGUAUUCUUUCCUGUUUUAAAAUUUUUAAAAGCAAUUACAAAAUGUGUAAUAGUGAGAUAAGGUAUGAUAUCCUUAGCAUUAAGGGACUGAACAGCUUUCAGGGAAACAGAUAUGUAAAAAAAAUUAUUGGUUUCCUCAAAAACCCAGCACUAAGCCUUACGUCUUUCUGCCACACCUCUUUCUCAGUUCCCUUCCAGUGUUUCUUUGGCUGUCCCUGAUGCAAUUCACCUAAGAAAUCAAUCUCUUUCUUAGCUGCUCUUUUACAUAAUAGUUCAGAAAUAGACUUCAAAUAUAAAAAAAACCAAGGGAGUAAGUUUAGCUACAGUAACAGGUAGAUACUCCCCAGUAUAACUGAUCAAAUUUAGCCAAGAUGUUGGAUUUGUCUCAUUCUUGAAAAAGGUACUGUAGCACUGAGGCUUUGGUAGUUUCAGCUUCAGAAUUCUUUGGCGAAAAGAUCGACGCAGGAUUAGCGUUGUAUCAGACAACGUGCCAUCCAAUUUCUCGCUCUGUAUCACUGGUCUGGUACAUAAUUAAUGCUUUGACUUCCACCUGAUUAAUGCUGUUCUUAAGUAUUUUCUAAAUUAAUAUCGACAGGUCAGUUUGAGGCUUGUUUCCUCUGACCUAGGUCUCAGAGAAUGUGCUUCAUUUAGCUAUAAGCUGCUGGUCUCACCUGUAUGGAGGCCUUGCAUUUCUAGACCGUGCUUCAGGUCCUAGCCAGUGUCUGUCCCCUUUUACCAGUUCAUACUAUUUAUCUUUCAGGGGGAUACUGAUGCAGAUAUAAUAGUUUUGCUCACUUCAUAUGUUCUCUAAACUUGAACGCUUUCACAGAUGCAGAAGAUUGUCAUUGUUUUAUCUCCUCUCUCUGUCCCAUCUGAUCUAGUUGCUUCUUUUUAACCCCCCCCCAACUCACAAUAUCUCUUUACAGUAUUAUCAUCUCAUCCUCCAUCUUAUGAAAUUCAAGUCUGAUCAUAUUGUUAUUAUCUAAUCUUCUUUUUUCUUGUUUGGAAUAGUGUGCUUCACCUUCUUUAAAAGAGCUUCUCUUGCUCCCUGUUCAAGCCAUUGGCUCUGUCUGUGCUGAUAAAUUAGUCUUUGCUAAUUUAUCAGCAUCAAUAAUGCCAGUGUGAUUGGGCACUGGAACCUGGACUUUGUUUUGGAGACAUCAAGUUCAAUAACAUGGAAAGGAGCCAUUUACUGAUGUAAAUAUAACUCUUACUUCCAAGUUUCUGCUGACCUGCGUGCAACCACAUAUUAGUAAUUGCAUUCCAUCCUUCUGUAUGUAACCUGAUAGAUUAAUAUUCAUCUUCUGUUUUCUUUGGUAAUACUUUUGAUCCCUGAAUUCUACUGCUGGCCUACAUCUGUAAUCACCUUUACAUUUAUAUAUUGGGGUCUCACUGAGAAGUCUUCCUUAUUCAGCCCUCUAUUUUUCUGCUAAGUUUUUCCAGCUAGUUGUCCUUUGUUGCUUUUAAUUUGCUAUAUAAUAUUUUCUGCAAAGAACUAUUUAUAUUUCUCGUUUACUCAGGUAUUCUUUUGUUAACUAAGUAAGAAUUCAAGAUAUAAACUGUCAAAUAGAAUCUUAAACUUCGUCUUGGUGAUCAUUUCAGAGCACAUGUGUUCUUCAACUUGAAUUUCUUUAGAAGUUCUCACUUUCACUAUAGGAGCAAUGAGACCUAUAGAUGUUCUCUGGGUACCACUUUAAAGAUGCAACCUUUUCUUUCUGUCUCCGCUUUUGUCCUGUUUUUUGUCCAUGCUUUUGUCCUGUUAUGAUUCAAUUGUUGAACAUCCGUCUCUCUGACCUUUGCAAAUUCAAUAUAUUUUACUGUCAUCUAGAUUCAGUUCCUGCUUCAAAGUUAAUUUCCUGCCCCAUAAUUUUGUCCAUCUUUUACAUUCCCCCACUGGCUCUCAUGUUAAGUAUGCCUUUGAGCUCAGACAGAACCUAAAGCACCCUCUGACAGAUCUAGCUUUCAUCUCAAUCUUGUUAGUAUUACAGAUUUAACUUAGUGGUUCACCUACCUACUUCAAAGUUGAACUUUAAGCAUUUCUCUGCCUGCCUUUUGGCGUCAUCAGGACCCAAUUCUGGAGCAUUUCUCAAGUCAGAAUUGUAGAUCUUUAGUUUCUCCUAUCAUGAGCCCUAACACUCCUUCAGAAAGCUAUCCUCGUCAUUAGUAGUAACUCUGACGCCUUCAGAAUUUACUGCAUGCCAUUUCCUUUGCCAACCCCUUUCCUUUCAUAUUCUAAUGUAUAAUAGGCUGCAUCCAGCAUAAAAUGCAUCUUUCUGGGUUUUGUCAUCCCUACCCAAAUCCUACCUGAAGUAAAACUCAAUAAAUCUUGAGGUAUGUUAAGCUCAAACAGACCAAAAAGCACUCCCUGACAGAUCCACCCUUCAUUUCAAGGUUUAUUGAAGGCAUUAUAAAGGAGGAAGGGACUGUAAGACCUCUAGAAACAGUGAGUGCAGAAGCUGAGUAACUUGCUUUCUGGAUUCCAUACUAUGAGCUUAAUUCUUCCCUUAAAGCUGGCUUUGACGGUAAUGCAGUAACUCACAUGGGUCCUAAUAAGCCAUGAGACAAUUAUUUAUGUUUUCUGUCCUUCACUUGUCCUCCUAGGAGCUGGUGUUACCUUUUAGUUUUUACAUCUAGCUCUGUCUGUUAAGAAACACAGAAAAUGCUGACAUACCUGUAAUAUAAUACUUAGUCUUGUCAUUUACUGCCUUGUUUCUCAUAUUGCUUGUCCACCAAUGAAUCUUUCUAUUCAGCCCUUUAUUUUACUAAACUCUAAAGAGUUGCUCUGUCAGUCCUAAGCUAAACUGAUUUGUUUGUGUGCUAGUGCAACUCCUUACAGCACACUGAUCCAUAUAUUGACAAGAAGGCCCUGCCAGGAGGUCACAUUCUCAGAGAGAUGGGGGUCUCUACUAGGUGUGCUCCAUGCUGGCACUCCCUUAGCUGGAUACAGGUUAGUCAGUGUCUGUUAAGAAACCUGCUCUGUCUGGCCUGACCAUCAGAUGGUGCUGACAAUGUGAGUUCCAUUAGUAUCAAAUUGGGCUUUCAUUAUAACUGUUCCUGUCCAAACUCCCUACAAUUACAAAUUUUCAUGCUGCUUUUAUGCUUUCAGAUAACUUUAUUUCAAAAGUCUCUUUGAAGUUUUUCACCAAAUUGCAGAAUGACUAUGGUUGGAAAGGGCCUCUAGGUAUCAUCUGGCCCAACCCCCUUGCUCAAGCAGGAUCGGGUCUAUAUAGCUUUUGAAUACCUCCAAGGAUGAAACUCUAUCACCUCUCUGGGAAACCUGUUCAGUCACCAUUAGAGUAAAAAAGUGCUUUCUGAUGUUCAGUCAGCACCUCCUGUGUUACAAUAUGUGCCCAUUGCCUGUGUCACUGGGCAUCAGUGGCUCCACCCUGUUUUUACUGUCCCUUCAGAUAGCUAUAGAUGCUGAUAAGCCUUUUCUUCCCUAGGUUCUCUCAGCCUUUCCACAUAGGAGAGAUGCUCCAAUGGCAGCAUCCAUAUGGCCCUUUGCUGGAUUGUCUCCUACAUGUCCAUGUUUCUCUUGUACUCAGAAGCUCAGAACUGGACUGCACUGCAGGUGUGGCCACACCAGUGCUGAGUAAAGGAGAUCACCUCCCUUGAUGCCUAAUGCAGCUUAGGAUACAGUUUGCCUUCUUUGCUCAGGCUCAUCUGUAGCUGUUGGAUUAAGCUAAUGGUUGUAUUCCACUUUAACGUGUUUGGUUGGGACCUAAUUAUAGUCAUCCUUUUUAAUAUGAUCAUUUGGGGCAAACAUCCUUCAAGCAUUUUAGUGUAACCAAUAAAUGUAUACACACAGUGUUUACAUUCACAGUGAUAUCUUAGCAGGUGGUGUUGUCCAGACAAUUUCUAAGGUUGGCAUUAAAAUUUCCUGUUAAGUCUUCAUUGUUAAUGGCACCAACUAUCAUCUUUUACUCAGAUUUGCAAUGGGCCCAGUAAUUGACAUAGUUCUUUAGCCUGCUUUGGAUUCUUUCCUGAACUCUGAUUAUAAACUCAUUAUUACUCUUACCUUGCACUUUCCCAAGUAAAUCCAAGAUGUGGUUUAGUUGUUACUCCAGUAUAGGAACCAGUAGACAGUUUGCAUGUGGCUCGUUUCUCUGGUCAGUGUCUACUGGUACGUAUGUGGCCAGUCUGUGCCAGCUGACCUUGUAGUCAAAAACUGGCACUCUUAACUGAGUCACAGAAGUGUAGACAAUGUAUCUGUUCUACAGCAACUUCAUAGAAACUGCUUUUCUCAUGCGAUAAAUAUGCCAUAAUUAAAAAUAGUUUUAUUGCUCUUUCAUUCACUCUGGGGCUGUAAUGUAGCACACCCAAGAGGCCAUAAAUUCACUCUAGUUUAUGCCACACCAAGUCUUUUAUCCAUAGCAGUGGUCGUUCACAAGAUCUUCAAAUCAUUAUGGUAUGUAAAGAUAAAUAAAAUGGAAGGAUAUUGUGGUCAGAGAAGUUUGUUAUCAAACAUGCCAUACCUGUGUAUGCUGGAGCAUUAAAGAUAUAUGCUGGCUGCUGUACUAAUUUGCCUUCAACCAAAAUUUCUAUAUUUCUGUUUGACCACUGUGUUUGUGGAAGUGUGUAUUCAAAUAGCAAUAACAAAUAAGGAUUUUCCACAAUGUAGCUUUUUUUUUUUUCUUGCAGUGUGUAUACUCAUGAAUGGCAAUGAUUUUAAUAUCAUAUGCUGUAUGUAGCACUGUAGCACCAUCUUGUGUGAGCUGCAAAUGUCGUUUCUGUCUAUGCAUUCAGUGAUCUUCACGUGGAAUAUAAUAAUUUUAUUUAAAACUCUUCUAUGUAAAACUGAAAUUGGGAAAUGAGAACGCAGAAUAGAUCCUCCUUAUAAUCUAUGUUGUAGAUUUUGUAACAGUGCAUUCAUUUAAGGUACUUUAUUUUUAAGAUGAUUCAUAUAAAUAUGAAGCAUGGGAUGCUGAACUCUGGAGGCAAGAAAUACACAUUCUGUCUGCAUUAUGCUACAAAGCUACAGAAUUAAAGCAGAUAAAUUGGAAUCUUUAUGAGAAAUAAAAUGAAACCAAACUCUAGUAUGGGAAAAGGCUGUUAGGGAAAAUUAAGUAGAAAUGGCUAUGAAAGUGCUGACAGGAAUAAAGCUGAAAAAUGCUUUUAAAUGAUUGCAGGGAGUAAAUACUGGGACAAAGACACAGAACUGAGCGUUCAUAUUGAACUGUAGUGCUUUGAGCUUUCUCUGUGUUUGGACAGAUGCACAUGUAUAGGAACAAAAAAUGAGAAGAGAAACACAUUAAACAAUUUUGUUCAUAUGACAGAGCAAACAAUAAUUGGAGGCAUGGUUAUGGUGCACUGAAUGCACUCCUACCUUUUGAUAUCUCCUAUACGGAUCUUUUUUCCACCUUUUCAAGCUGUAAUUUGUCUUGUGUUUCCUUUCAUUUUUCCUCCUACUUUUACAGAGCAAAUUUCUGUGUACUGUAUUCUGAAUACUUAGCAGUUUGUGUAAGAGGAAUUACAGUCUUAAUGCAAGUUCAUCCAUGGAGAUGGUAGCUGUUAGUUACUUACCAUUGCUAUGAGUCCAGCAUAUCAUAGUGGUCUUGACAGCUCUUUUUGGAAUGUAGUGAAAAGAAGCUCUCCCCUCACUUUUAGCACUUUCAGUAUUUUCUUUUGCUCUCUCAAAUAUCUACUUUUUCCAUAUAUAUUUUGGGCAGUUUUAAAUAUAUAGUAACUCCAAUUCUCUUUGAGUGAUUAUUCAUUUACAUGAUAGAAACACAUAGGUUUAAGAACUCAAAGCUUAGGAAUUUUUUGCCUUCACUGUAGCAUAUAAAUGCACUUAACCCAUGUGUGCUGCCUGAAUGUGGCACAGGGGUAAAACACACCCCUUCUUCCUUUUUAUAUGGAACUGAGUCAUUACUGUUUUCAUGCCAUAGCACCUAUAGCAUCCUGGGCCACAGUAUUUUCUGACUAUUCUUCAGUUAAUGCUAGGAGUGAAAAAUCUAUGUUUUACUUCGUACUUUUUCUAUUAUUUCCUCAAUCAAAAUAUCUAGCUUCAAACUACACUGUCAUAUCAUCCCAACUGCAUCAAAUGCUUGAAUUCUUGGAGGAAAAUUGUGUAAUUGCUGAAUAUUCCGUUUAUCAGGGUUUCAGAUGUGACAGUAAAAGAGCUAUUUAGAAAAUCUGCAGUCUUCCUUUUUGGUAGGAGUAACUGGUGGAGAUAUGGACCUGAUAAAUUUGGGGUUUUUUUCACAGUAAAAGAAAUAGUGUUGUAUGUCUUUAGAUCAUGACUAUAGAUAUCAGGAGAUAAGGAUACCGUGUGAUCAAGAAAGAUGGCAUUUGAAUUCUCUGCAGUCAAAUCUCUCCCAGCUCAUGGCCAAAUAAUUUUCUAUUAGUCUUUGGUGAUUGCUAAAAAUGCAGAUGAUGAAAGGAAAGCACUAACCUGUAGAAUGAACAUGUAUAUUGACAGAUGUGGGGGGAAAAUACCCUGCGCUCUUUAUGCAUACAUUUGUGGUCCAUUGUUCUUCUCUGACCUCUUUGGCUACAGUUUGUGUUUGUGAGCCUUAGGGAAAAAAUUCCUCUUCUUUUUGAAAUGAUAAAAGCAACCAGAAGGAAAAAAAAAUCUAUAUCAGUUGCUGAAGACAGGCUGCAAAAAAGGAACACAAAAAAGUUGUAUCAAUGCUUCUCUCACCACACUUUCUAGCUCUCUGCUGGCAGUCUGUAGACAUUUGAGAGGUUGGGUUUCCCCUUUUGCAACAGUUUUGACAGCAAGAAGGUUCAGCUAAUUCUAAAAGCCUUUAAUCUAGCAUGCUUGAGCAUUUAUGCAGCCAUCAUGUCCAUAUGAGCGAUAUAUCCUGAAAUCUCUCUACCUGACUAAUGUGUAAACAUUACUUCCUCUUAACUAAUCUUCCAUUGCACCUUCCAUUUUUCACUUGUAGAGUCACUCAUGUGAGAGAUUUAACUGUUUUCUAAAUCAACAUUAAUCUAAAACAACUCCCUCCUGUAGCUCAGACAGUUAAAGGAAUUGAGAGAAAACAUAAUUAUUGUUAAAUUGAAUAUACUUAGAUGAAAUGUUCAGUGAUAAUAAACAUUGGCUAAAUAAUAAAUAUUGGCUAAAAUUUUUCUACAGGAAUGGAGGGCGGAUAAUAGUAUCCAAGAUUUUGGUAGUUUUAAAACUAGUUUAGAAGCCUCAUGGCAUGAUUGCAACCCCAGCUGAGGGCUGAACAGUGAUGUAAAAGACUGGUGUAAAGAGAAUGAAAGCCAUUUGUAUAUGUGGUCAAAAAUACCACUAUACAAACCAAGUCACUUCCAGUACAUCAAACCAUAAUCAGUUCUUUCCACUGGAACAUUUUGUGUGUUCUGUUUAAUGUCUAAGAUACACCAAAA